AUGGAAGGAGAUUCAUUCCCUGUGAAGAUUUCAUUGCCUGAGCCAAAAUUAGGCCUUACAACUGAGCCAAGAUCUGGUGUCAUAAACCAGUUCACGUCAUUUGAUUAUAUAGGUGUCGUGAAAGAAAUACUCUCGCCAAUGGAGUUCUUACGGAUAAGGAACAUUUUCUUAGGUCUGUUGAUAAAGAUGGAGUUGAGGAAAGAUGAGUUAUUGUUUUGA